AUGGGACCCAGGACGCACUACACCCCGCAACUCAGGAUCGAAGAUCACCCCUACCUCAGAAUCACGGACCCAAGCCAUCGCUACCUCUUUUGGGCCCAGUGCUUCUUCGACCACUGCGAGACGCACAUGGGAGAAAAAUACGAACACUACUUCCAACCCAGGAAAUACGACAACACCCCCCUACGAAACGUCUACACCGCCUACACUCUCACAGGGUGGGAACUCAGGAAGUUCGACGGCAACAUCGCCACGUUCACCCCCAGCCGAUAA